AUGUGUAAAUGUUUUUCUGAUGCAAUUAUCUACUGUGGCAGAGCUGGACUCAGAAGCCUCCCGACAGACAUCGUCGCUUCUACCAUCUCUCUGAACCUGUCCGAUAAUUUUUUGCGUAUCCUGGCUGCUGAUGCCUUUGGCAACCUCACUUUUCUGAGCAGCCUCUGGCUGGAUCACAACAAUCUAACUUUCUUGUACCCAGGUGCAUUUAAGUCACUCUACAAUCUGAGGGUGCUGUACCUCAGUAGUAAUUCUCGACUGACCUACCUUCAUGCCAACACCUUCCAAGGCCUGGACAACCUCGUCAGCUUGGACUUAUCCCACUGCAACCUUUUCGAGAUCCACCCGUUCAUAUUCUCCCACUUGCCCUCUCUGGAAGUGCUCGACCUGACUGCCAACAACAUGCACUACAUCCCACAAGCUUUCCGAAGCUUGACGCGUCUCAUGAGGCUGUCUCUGGAGAGGAAUCACAUCGAAGCCAUUGGCAGGGACUCAUUGAAGGCCAUGAGAGCGCUGAAAGACUUGAAUCUCCGCAAGAAUCGAAUCUGGACCAUCCAUCGUGAUGCCUUUCUCAAACUGGACAGGCUCUGCAUGUUAAAUUUAGGGCACAAUCACCUCUCUGAUUUGCCUAACCAGCUUUUCAGUGGAUUAGCCCAGCUCAGGACCAUACGUCUCGAGGCAAACAGAUUCACCAGGAUCAACUGCUCCUUUUACGGCCUGCGCAGCCUGAGGAAGCUGUACUUGAACAACAACCACAUCAUGUUCAUUGCAGAAGCUGCAUUCUCACCUUUGAAGGAACUUAGCUUUCUUCACUUAAACAGGAAUAACCUGAGCUACCUUUCCAGCCGCCUGCUCAUGGAGCUACCCAAGCUGAGAUACGUCUUCUUGUCCCAUAACCCCUGGGAGUGUGAUUGUGGAAUGUUGUGGUUUGCCACCUGGAUACUGACCUACCAAGGGAUGAUUGAAGGCAUGCACUGCACAAUUCCUGAGGUUCGCAACGUGUCGUUGCUGAGCCUCUUUACGAACGACGCCUUAGCCACCUGCUCGCCUCCAUGGGGGGUAAUAGAGGAGGAUGCCUGUGAAGGGCCACACACAAAUGGAGCUUUUCCUUCAUCUGCCGCUUCUGGGAUAAUACUUUGCUUCCUGUUUACCUUGAAGCUUCAGCUCUCAGCUGUUUAGUCCUUUAUGUGGACAACCAGAGACAGCCAUAAGUUAAUGCUUGGAAAAACGGGUCUUUGUUAUCUGUACUCUGACAAUUUAAAAAAUGGAAUGGAUUUAUCC